AUGGUCGGGUCAGGUGGGGAAGGGAAGAGCGACAGAGAGGACGGGCUGGUGUCGUUAGAGAUACGGGGGUUGAUUUCGUUUUCUACGCGGCCUGGCCUGAUACGUGUGCUCACGCGAUUCGGGAAGUAAAGCGAGUGGCAUUCAUGUAUUUAUGACUGCACGCCGCCACGCCGUCGUACGCAGACCUUGUGCCGCGCGCACUUCGUCGCACGAUCGCGCACGGGUGGCUACGUCCGAGAGUUUGGUCCCGACGCGCCGCGGACGCUCGUCGUGCACUCGUCGUCCCGCCGCGACGCUGCGAUGCAGAACGUUAUGACGGCAGACGUCGCACGUUGUUACUCCUCGCGGACGCGUGUCAUUGCACCGUGAUGCAUGUGAUUGCAGAUUUUUGUGUGUACAAAGGUGGAGGUGGUUACCCUUUAUGUCUUAUAAGGAAUACAGUAGUUCAGUGAACAGCUGUUUCAACAAUGGAUUACGAUUACAUGCCCUUUCACAGGGAGAAAGACUUUCACAAUAGAUGUUGCGGUGGAAAGCUCUGGUGUAUUAAGGAUAUAUGUGGCAUCAUAUGCGCAGUAUUAACAUGGCUACUGAUAAUCUAUGCAGAGUUCGUAGUGAUGGCAGUGAUUCUUAUUCCGACGAUAAAUACAUUAUAUUCCAGUUUAAAUAUGGCCAUUUUCCAAUCUCUAGCAUUCCUGGCCUUUGCUUCGCACCUAAGAACCAUGUUUACAGAUCCGGGUGCAGUACCGAAAGGUAAUGCAACGAAAGAGAUGAUACAACAAAUGGGAUUUAGAGAUGGACAGGUUAUUUUUAAGUGUCCAAAAUGUUGUUCUAUUAAGCCUGAUAGAGCUCAUCAUUGCUCCGUUUGCCAAAGAUGCAUCAGGAAAAUGGAUCACCAUUGUCCAUGGGUUAACAAUUGCGUAGGAGAGAAUAAUCAAAAAUACUUCGUACUUUUUACUUUUUAUAUAGCGGGCAUAUCACUGCAAUCCCUGUUUCUGUGUAUACAACAAUUUACCACGUGCGUCAGGCAAGAAUGGAGAGAAUGCUCCACAUUCAAUCCACCGGCGACGGUGGUGUUAUUGUUAUUUCUGGCAUUCGAGGCACUAUUAUUUGCCAUUUUUACUGCUGUGAUGUUAGGCACGCAACUGCAAGCUAUUUGGAAUGACGAGACUGGUAUAGAACAACUUAAAAAGGAGGAAGCUAGAUGGGUUCGCAAUAGCAAAUGGAAAUCCAUUCAAGCGGUUUUCGGAAGAUUUUCGAUAGCUUGGUUUUCCCCCUUUACCUCGCCUCCUAACGCAAAAACGAAAUUAGAUUCUUAUCUAUAUUCUGUUUGAAUUAUAUUUUGAUACGUAUAACCAUGACUUAUACAUAUAGAGGAAUAUUUAAGAGAUAUAUAUAUUAAGUACUAAAUGAUGUUCGAUUAGAAUACAGGCUGAUUCUUGAAAUUGAGACGGACUACAACUCUUCUUUAAAAGAAGAAAAAUAGAUACAAGAGAAUUUUGCUUAAUUUCUAGGAUUAUUCUAUACACAUGUAAGGAAAGAUUUCUGUUCAGUCUGCGAUAUUGAAAAUUUUGUACAUACAAUCUCGCGUAAUCAAUUUUUUUAUUUAUAUAUCAAUUUUCAGAUCUUUGUUUAUGAAAAAAAAAUAUAUAUUUUUUGUGAUAGUAAAAGUAUUGAAAGUUAAUGUUUUGCGCAAUAUUUAAUAUAAUAGUAAUUGACUGUUUA